AAAAUCUUAAGGCUAAGAUAGCUACUUGGUUAAGUAUUGCUGAACCUGAAAAUUUGGAUAUUGUAAUUCAAAGCAUAUAUAAAAUUAAAGCAGAAGAAUAUUAUAAUAAAAAAGAUAAAAAGAACAAAACUCAAAGUAGUAAUAUUGUACAGUUAUUUUAA